CGUCGCUACGCCGUAGUGGUACGCGCCGGAGCUGGGUGUGAAGAUGGCGGACGAGGAGGCCGAGCAGCACCGCAGUCCGGAGAACGGCGUCAGUGAAACGAUCGGGGAGCUCGAACAACGGCUGCAGGAGCUUCAGGACGUGGUUGUCGGAGCAGGAGGAGACCCCCCGACCUCCUCCACCUCCUCUUCCUCCUCCUCAUCCGGGUUCUGCCAGGAGUUCUGCAGGACGCUGCUGGAGUACGCCGGCCGUUGGAGGAUAGAGGAAGAGCCUUUAGCGCUGGUGGAAGUGUAUAUAGUUGCACUGCGGAGUUACGCCCAGGCAUCUCCAUACCUCUCAUUGCAAUGUGAAAAUGUUCCUCUUGUCGUUGAGAGGCUCUCACUGAGUUUUGUGGAGCUUUUGCUCUCACUCAAGACAGAUGUUCCAGAUGGAUUAUGGAAAGAAUUCAAGUCAUGUGUGCAGUUUGCUUCCAGUAAGCUGCUGGAGAAUGGAAUCACCCAGCUGUCCCAGCUCUCUGCUCUGGGCCAGUACGAUGGCGUCUGGACCAACAGAGUCCUGCAAGGCCUUCUGUCCAACGAAAACCUACAGACGGAACAAGUCGAGGAGUUCCUGGUGCAGGACGGACUGGAGCUGCUGGAAAUGAGAGUGAAUCAGUUGAUGAAGGACAAUCAGCCGGGGAAGGCUGCACUGCUGGCCAAGGUGUGCUCCGAGUGUCAGGCCUUCCAAGGGAAAGGACUUUUCAAGCAGAUGUACCUCGUCUGUCUGUGUGCUACCUCAGAACAGGACCAGCUGAUGGAAGAGCUUUCGAAGGAGGACUGCCGCGACGCGUUGGAGAUGAUCUGCAACCUCGAGUCUGACGGAGACGAGAGGGCAGCGUUCAGCUUAUGCUCGGCCUUCCUGACCCGACAGCUUCUCCAAGGAGAUACGUACUGUGCUUGGGAGCUCACUCUGUUUUGGAGCAAGCUGUUGAAGAGACUGGAGCCAUCGGAGCAGGCCUUCCUGGACAGAUGUCGCCAGAUGUCUUUACUUUCUAAAACCGUGUCCCACAUCCUGUUCCUCAUCAAGGUCAUCCAAUCAGAGAUUGACAGCGUUGGACUGCCGACCUGCAUCGAAAUGUGCAUAAGGGCUCUGCGAAUGGACUCCAACGAUGGAAACACCAGAGCCACUGUGUGUAAAACUAUUUCGUGCUUGCUUCCCACUGACCUGGAGGUCAAGCGAGCCUGCCAGCUGACAGAGUUCCUCUUGGAGCCCACCGUGGAUUCCUACUACGCCGUGGAGACUCUUUACAACGAACCGGAUCAGAAAGUAGAGGAGGAGAGUAUGCCCGUUCCAAACUCUCUACGCUGCGAGCUCCUGCUGGUUUUCAAAACCCAGUGGCCUUUUGACCCGGAGUUCUGGGACUGGAAAACACUGAAGCGUCAUUGUCUAGCACUGAUGGGCGAAGAAGCUUCUAUAGUGUCAUCCAUUGACUUGCUGAAUGAUACUGAGGACCCCGAGGAGGAGGAAGACUACCUCAGUCAGGAGGGAUUUAAGAAUAUCCCCGACCACAUUGUCAGUGGCACCUACGAACUGAACGAUAUAACCGACAAGAGACAGAAAAACAGAGAAAUGAAGAAACUGAGAGAGAAAGGUUUCAUAUCUGCCAGGUUCAGAAACUGGCAGGCGUACAUGCAGUACUGUGUGCUGUGUGACAAGGAGUUUCUCGGCCACCGGAUUGUACGCCACGCACAGACUCAUCUGAGCGGCGGAGUAUACAGCUGCCCAAUAUGUACUCAAUCCUUUACCUCAAAAGACACGCUGAUUCCCCAUGUGACAUCGCAUGUCAAGCAGUCGUGCAAGGAGAGACUGACCGCCAUGAAAACCAACAAGAAACUGGCUAAUCCCAAAACGGCUGCUCCUGUUAUUGCAGCAUUAAAGUUCAAGAUGGAAAACAAAGUUCAUGAAAAUGGUGCCUCCUUGGGUCUAAACGGGGGGUUGAGUCAGAACGUUUCAGCCAAAGUGGUCAGGUGUAACGCGGAUAAUAACGAGGACAAUGUGUGCCCGGUUGGAAAAUGCCGGAGGAGCUUCAAAUUUUUCAGAAAUCUGGUUGCGCACGUUAAAGCUCACGGGGACAACGACGAAGCUAAGACUUUCCUCGAAAUGCAGAGCAAAAAGGUGGUUUGCCAGUACUGCCGCCGCCACUUCGUCAACGUCACCCAUCUGAACGAUCACUUACAGGUCCACUGUGGCGUGAGGCCUUACAUAUGUAUCCAGCUGAACUGCAAGGCCAGCUUCCUGUCCAACACUGAACUCUUUAUACACAGGAAAACGCAUUCUGUUUUUAAGGCUAGAUGCAUGUUUGCGAAUUGCGGAAAGAUUUUCAACGAGGCCUUCAAACUCUAUGACCACGAGGCACAGCAUUAUAAAACGUUUACUUGUAAAGUUUUGGACUGUGGGAAAGUUUUCCAUUCACAGCACCAGCUGGAUUUGCACCAGGAAGGACACGCCAAUCAGGAGGAGGAGGAGGAUAGCUCGUCGUCUGAACAGUUCUCACAAAAUAUGCAACCCGGCCCUUCACUCAUUGAACAAAUGCUUUCCAAUCACGCUCCCCUUAAACAAGAGAGUUCCCAAGAAAACUGGAAACCCGAGAGUGCCGUUAAUUCAAAUAAUGAAAGGCUGCCGGUGUCCAUUGAGAGCUCGCUGAAAUCCUCACUACCACCUGUGGAAACCUUAGGACAAUACAGAGUCAAACUUGAAACACAGAACACGCCUUGCUCAGCCACCAGCCAGACACAGACUUUUAAUCAUUCUGUUAUUCAGCCUGCAAACUCCCACUUCUCCGAUCCAAGUGGACCCCGAUGUGGUCCAGGUGGUCAUUCUUUUGAUAAUAUGAGACCGCCCCAACAGAAUCAACUAGUACCUCCAUUUGAAGCUAAUCUAGGUAACGUGUCACGUAGCUGUAAUACCGAUGUCUUGCGUGGCCAGCCACAAAUGUUCCCCAAUAAUUUAAAUACGCCAUCGACGAGUUACAACUCUGCCUGCAACUUACCAUUGCCGGGGCAACAAAGGCCAAUGUGUAGUAGCAACCUGUCAACAUUUCCGUCGCCCCAGAACUCUUUAGAGCCAGCAAUGUCGCAACCACUUCCUCCAACAGUAACCCCUCAGCCACUUACUGGGAACAGAUCGGAGAACUCUGUGAAGUCCUCGACGAGCUCGGGUCCACCGCCGGGACACAGGGAGCGAUUUCACUGUCCGUUUGAAACAUGUAUGAGGCACUACAGCUCCUACAGAAGCGUGGCCAAGCACAUGAAAACGAUACACCCGGACUUCUAUGAACAGUGGAAAGUCGCUCGGACUAAAAUCAAGAUAACCUACGCUCCAGCACCGAGCACGUCAUCUGUCGGACUUCUGGGUUCAGCCGCCUCCGUUCCGAACCAGCCGGCCAGCGGCCUACCAGUUCAUGGAGUUCGGAGGCAGAACGUUAUCCAAUCACCUCCUUACAUAAAUAUGGGCGUACGGUUAAGCUGUUCUUCUCUACUUUCCCAUUCCCCGUCCGCCCACAACCAGAAUGCUUCCCUCCUGAUGGAAAAAGUUUUAAAUCCCAUUGUUGUCUCUCAGCUGGGAAGUGAUACGACUCCAAUAAAUACGCAGUCCCAAGUUUCAGGUAGUCAUAACUGGCUCUCAGCUCCUGGAAGUGAACAAAUUAAAAACUGUGGCUCUUCCCAAAGCUAUCCAUCGCACAUGCAAGUCAAUUCUACCAGUGCUGCAUUACCACUCAGUGUCCCAUCUUGCUCAAUGAUUGGCUCAACAAUGAACAGAACAGCAGAGUCCUUGCAGUCACCACUUAUGAAAAGUGGAGCGCCUCAACAAGCAGGAGACUCUAUUCGGCCGUAUACAUCACAGAUGCAAAGCAGUUUAGUCUGUAGGGCCCCAGAAAAAACAAAGUCAAUGCAAAGUAAUGUGCUCUCUCAUUUUCCCUCUGCAGACGGUGCAAGCCUAAAGCAGAUUAACAACCAACCUCAAAACGGCCCAGUUGUCCCUGAAAAUCAAAAGCCAGUCAGAAAAAACAAAAGGACUAAAUGGCCAGCUAUUCUUAGGGAUGGCAAAUACGUUUGUUGCCGGUGUUAUAGACAAUUUGAUAGCCCCAAAUCCCUCGGAGGCCAUUUGUCCAAGCGUGCGAGCUGUAAACCAUAUGAAGAGUCGGAACUCAACACAGACCUGCCGUCUUCGUUCCUUGACCUUCUCAAUUCAGAGCAAACGGUCAACACCGCUCAGCCACAGCCCUCCUAUAGUCCUCCUGCUGUUUAUCAGGAGAAGCCUCUUCAGUCGGUAAUAAAUGGUGCAGCAGCUGCAAAAGAUUUCCCCGCCCUGAAUUAUUCACAAGAUAAUCUGCCAGAAUAUGGGAAUGAAGAGUCAAGUGAUGACAUUCUUAAACAAAUCAUGGCUGAAUCCAACCUGUCUGAUCUUUUUGUUAACACUCCUGCUCCCCAGCCUUUGUUUCAAAACCCUUGUGUUCCCUAUUUAGCUGGUGAACGUUUGCCGGGCAGCUCGGUCAUACAGCAUACAGAAAAUGUCCAGGUGAAGCAAGAGGACAAUCCGUUCGCCAUUUAUCAACAGCCCAACGUUGAUACGUUUGCUGCUAGUGAGUUCCCUGACCCACUUCUCUCUCAGAUUCUUAAAGAUAACCCUUCCAUCGCUGCUCCUGGAAUUGUUCCCACAAACCACAGUAACCGGUAUCACUCUCAGACAACCAUCCAGACACCACAUUCAAACCAAGUGUUGCAGACACAGUUACCUGAUAGUCAGCUUAGUGCAGCGGCAAGUGGCAAGAAGGCUGAGAUGCAAAGGAUGACGCCAGAGCACGAUGUUAAAAAGAGACUGCGGGAGCAGAUAUUGGCUGGAGACUUUAUAAAUAGAAACAGCUUAUGCCAUUCAAGCAACACUGACCCUAAUGCCAAUUCAAGUCCCAUGUCUUUUGGCCCGAUGAGCAGUCCUUCCAGUAAAUUUGGACUUCAUCAAAUGUUUUGUGAUUCAAAGAUUGACUCGGCUAGUCAAGUCCUUCCAGAAAACUUUACAAUCAUCCCGGGAACCGAUGAAGAAAUUGAACGACUACUCAACUCGCAGAGCUUUAGCUGUUUCAGAGAGACCUCCGCCCUGCAGCAGGAGGUCCUGGGUUCCACAAGCGUCCUGGCAAACGAUGCAGAUCUUGAGCCCGGUCAGUUAUCUGCCGGCCAGCAGCAUCGGAUGACAGAAAUUCAAAGUGCAUUUGAAAGGCUUGAUUUAGUCAGAGAGAUGUCUAAUCAAAUGUCCGCUCCCAUGCAACAGAGUAUCACCCCUACGAAAAUCCAAUCCGUAUCUACCAAGAACAUUGUCAAGCCGUUUGCUUGUGAGAAUUGCUCAUUUAGCUCCAUAUCAAGUGAAGCGCUUUGGAAACACCUCUCCAAAGCUCACAACUACACAAUAGAGAUGGUGAACGUGGUUAAAAAAAAGUACGGCCAAUACGCUCCUUUCAAGUGUCAAAAAUGUAGCAAAAGAUUCACCCGUAACUCCAACCUUCGCGCUCACUACCAGUCCAUCCACAAAUUAUCGCCUAAAGAAAUCGAAGACCUGGAUGUGAAGCGCAGAGAGGCCAAAGCUGCUGCAACUGCUGCUCUUCAAAAAUGUCUAUCUGCACCAACGUCUUCUUCAGUCCUAGAUCCGGUAAAACGUGAAUACGCAUCACAGGCAUUCGUUUCACUCACUAACCUCGACGUAACUAAUCUGAAAUGUCAUGACGACAAUCGCUCCACAGUCAUUCAACCCUUGCAAACCGCUCCCGUGCACAACCAAUCAAUGAGUCCGCCAGUGCAGGCCCACACCUCAACAUCAACCUUCCAGUCGCAACAACAGUGGUCUCAUGGGCCGCAAAGAAACUUCCCCACGCAACACGCAAGUGGUCAACAAGUUCCUGCCCAUUUGCCCAAGGUGUCAGUUCUUCUCACCCAGGCUCUGUCUGCCACGCCUCAAGCCGAUGGGCCUCCAUCUCCUGACAAACAAUCAGCUUUCAACGGGCAGGCCAUAGUUCGGCCAACGAUGGACAUAAACAAGAGGACAAAAGAGAAGAAGCCCCACUCGGGGGACGCCAUGAGUCCGUACAGACCGUACCGCUGCGUUCAUCAGGGGUGCGUGGCAGCCUUCACCAUCCAGCACAAUCUGAUCCUCCACUACAGGGCUGUUCACCAGUCGGCUCUGUCGGCACUGGCGGUGAACAAAGAGGAAGACCAGAGCGAGGGAGAGGAUGAAACGAUGGACCACAAUGAAGACGAGCCAGAGGCGGAUCUCCCCCGAAUUUCAGAAUUCCGAUGCCAAGUCAAAGACUGCUCCCGAGUUUUCCAAGAAGUUCACAACCUUUUGCAGCAUUAUAUGCAGCUGCAUUGUUUCAGCCUCGAUAAGGUCGGCGGCCUCCUGUCCAGCAUCAAGCUCGGCAAGUUCGCUUGCAGCCAACAAGAUUGUACGGCUUCCUUCACCGCUUUCUGGAAGUAUAUAUCACACGUCAAAGAAGAGCACAAAGAUAUGAAGCUGGCCAAACCCGAACCAUUUAACGGCUCGUUCAAGUGUGAAAUCGAAGGCUGCGACCGUACGUACGCCACAAAGUCCAACAUGCUCCGACAUGUCAUGAAGAAGCAUCAGGAGCUGUACCAACCCAACCUCAAGAAUCCACAGAUAAAAGAAGACGGGAUCAAACAAAACGCAAAGACUUUGCAUUACCAAAUUACAAAGACAAGUAAUGGGAAGGAAAACAUAGAGAGCAACAAAAAGUUCCUCCAGAGGGCAAGUGACACAAAAAAAGUCAACGCCAAAAGCAACCACUGGACUAAAUAUGGAAAACCGUCCUUGAAAUCUAAAGUGGAGGCAUCUUCAAUGUGCACCAAGAAAUUCCCCCUACAAUACCCCUGUAUGAUCAAAGGUUGUGAUGCAGUCACGAAAUCUGAGCGGAGCAUAUUAAAACAUUACAUGGGACACGGCCUGUCAGAGAAGUACCUGGAACAGCAGAGGAGUCACUUCAUAUUCUGCAAAAAGUUCCCCAGGCAGAAGUGCCGCUCCAUCAGAAGUGAUGACUCCAAAUCGGAAAACACCUCCGACCUGUCGGACAUCGACUUGACGGAAGACGCCGGCCUGGAAGAAGGCGAAUACGGAUAUUCAAAGCCCGUCCUACGCAAAAGGAUGUCGGCAGGCUCCCCCGCUACAGUGUUCGAAAGCAAAUUAUCCAACGAUGAAAGCUCGGAUUGCUCCGUGGUGAUCAAACGGAAGCGAGGACGACCGCGAAAACUGGAUGGAAAGUCAUCGGUGAAGCGCAAGAAAAUCCCACGUACGACCAAGGUCGACGUCGCUUACAGCCGGGACGACGAAUCCGACUCCUCUUGCCACGCGAUCAUGCAGGAGGAGAACGCUCAGCUGGCCUCUUUUAAACCCAUGGGAUUUGAAAUGUCUUUCUUAAAAUUCCUGGAGCAGUCGAAUAAAUGUGAAAAUCCCUUGGCGAUGAAGGUCGACGUACCGGAAACGUGGAGAAAGACAUCCGGUCUGAACUCCAAAGACACGUGUGUCCGGUUCAGCAACCGUCAGAAUAUGAAAUCACUCAGCAAGGUUAAAAUAAUAAUAGACGGGGCCUUUUCUGGGGUCACUGACCUUAUGUUGAAACAGCUGCAGGACACGCGGCCCACAGUGGUAUUGUAAAAGAAAAGAAAAAAGUGACUCACUAAUUUUUGUUUUUUUGUAAAGCAGAAUCUCAGGACUAGAAUGAGUAAAAUCUGCUGCAGACUGGUACCCUACAUGUGAAAUAUUUUUUACACAUCCAGCUAUUAAAAAGAAAAUGAAACCAGUUGUUUUUGAAUUAUACUGUAUUAUCUGUACAUUUUUAUUUGUCUUUUUUUUAUGGAAAAGUAUAUAGCAUGUUUUUAUUUAUGGACUGUCCAAAAAGUCACCUGAACAUUGAUGAUGUGACAUCUAAGCUUUUUGGCGUCUUAAUAAUCCCUGUGGGACGUAGAGACAAACAGACUGAAAUGGAUUGUAUUGUUGUGUGUAGUUUGUGAUUCAAAAAGAUGUUGAUUAUUGUGCGUUGGUUAUAUUAGUCGCCCACUGCCACCAGCAGUCUUAUUAUUAAAUGAACAGGUUUUUUUACAACCACUUUGACUUGUUUUUUAUCAUUUACACCAUUUUGCUAAAUGCACUGCGGUUUAGAAAUAACUUUUUUUAUGGUGUGAAGGUUGGAGCUGCUGCAUGCACACUGAACAAAAAUGAUUAUGUGGAAGGUCUUGAAUUAUUAAAAACAAAUGGGCUCUAUGCUGUAGAGUUACAUGAUUUCUGAAC